UUUAUUCAAAAACGCAAAACUUCUUAAAUCCUUAAAAAAUAUUAUGCAUUAAAUGUAGAUUUGUAGGUUAAGUUAAAGAACGUUCAAGAGAGGGGGCUAAAAUUUGUUUUCAGCGCCACUUGCUUGCGGUGGUUUUAUUCGUGAACUAAUUGAGUUCAGCUUCAGCGAAGAGUGACCGAGAGUUUACAGACUGGAUAUCUCUAACGAUUAAAGAUCAUUUUGCUGAAUAUUUUUAUCCCUAAGAGUGUAGAAAUUAUAAAUUUUUAGUGAUAAAUAAAAAGGUUAAAUAGUGAGUUGCUCCUGUGUGUCUUCAGUUUUUGUUGAAGGAGCUUUCUUCGACGAGAUCGAAGAGCAAAAGCAUGAGCUUGUAACGUCCGCAGCAGUUGGCUUGAAGGAAUUUAAAAAAAAGUAAACGGGCCGGGAAAUUUAUGGAAAAUGCCCUCCGUUUCGAAACACCGCAAAAUUAAAAGGCCGACCGUCAUUAUUAAAAGGACACAAUGCCCGAGAAACCGACCGCCAAAAGUUCGCACUCCCUCGUAUGAAAAAUUGAAAAACAACAAUCAUUCGUUAGCGAGGGCUCUGUCACAAGAAAAACAAGAGAGCCAAUCUCUUUUUUCUCAAAAUGUAUCUCUUGUAGCUCAAGUUCACGAUUUAGGAUUCGCUUGUAAAAGACGUGAUGAUAUAAUCGUUAACAUCCUAAAAAAUGCGAAAGAGAUGCUUAAGAUGAUGGUCACGAUGACCAAUUACCUAACAAAUACGAUAUCAUCUUGCCAGGAAUUUACUACUAACCCUUCAAACAGUUUUCGAUCGUCUACACAAUCUUCAGGACGAGAGUCGACCCGGAGAUUGUCCACAAAAUCGCCCGCUAGGGGCGUUGUGAAACCGAUGGUUAGUGGACACACGAUCACAAAACCAACAAUUAAUUUGAGCAGGGUUAAUAUGCAAAAUAUUCAAAAUGUAUUGAGCUUAGCAACUAUCGAAGAAGCAACUUCUUCUCCUGAGAGAAGCUCUGCUUCUCCAUCGAGCGUUGCAUCCAGAAGUCCUUCCACUAGAAUAAAUGAAGUAGUUCCUCGUAGACAACUAAAUUACGAGAAUAGAAGAGUCUGCAGGCUGCCUGAGCGAAUUCCUGUUGUCGUUAUGACUGAUGACGUAGAUGAAAGCAGACUAAGCAGCAGAUCAAGAAUCUCAGACCGUUUCUCGGGCAAAUUUUCUAAACGAAAAUCUGGAAGUUUGCCUGAAAAUCGAGUGAAAAAACGCAGCAUUGAUCGACAGAGCAAUGGGAUUGAUCACUUUCAAAUAAAAAGUCCUCGAGUAGCUUUAAGCGAUGUAUCGCGUCUGCUGCAAAAUUCUCAAACAGUCAAUGUCCGAACGCUCGAAGAAAAUUCUAUGAUGGACGAAACGCUGGGCAUUAACUCGACAAUAAAUUCCCAAAAUUCUCGAGAUUGUACUCAAUCACCAGAGAAAAAUGUGGUAUUUAAUCUUUCAGACUCUGAUAGCGAUUCGGGAGUCUGUAGAAAUUUACCCUCAGGACCGAUGAGCAGUAAAUUGACUCCCGAGCCUAAAAAACAGAAAUCUAGUAACCUAGAUAGAUCAAGUCUUUUCAAUAAAUCUAGUUCUUCCGAUAAGCUGAACCUGAAUAAAUCGACAGAGUUAAAUGGUAGUGUGAACUACAAACAAUGCAACGGUUCUAAAAAACCGAAACUGAGCACAACCCUCACGAACGAUGAUCCCCUCGAAGGAUCGAGCUGGAUGUUCAAUGGUUCUCAAAGCAGAUCUUCUUCAAACAGCGACAACCUCUCGUCUGGUUCCGAAAGUCCUGAAAAUGUUCGUUUCAAAGGAACUCGAGCCAGCAUAUCUCACAAUGAAUUAAGUUCUUUCACUCUUAAACCACCGAUAAAAUCAUCAGAUCAGGCCCAAACGAUUAGAAGCGAUUCUCCCAGAAGGAGCGAAAACUCGAAGCCAAAAUCGAUUGAAAGUUCUCCCGAGGAAAUAACUAUGAACUUCGCCCGUUUUGUUACCAAGCAUCGAGGACACUCUGCAGUUGAAGAAGUCGAUGAUUUCGAUGAUAUGGAGGAUCCUACGAUUAUGUUGAAUAUUCGACAGCAAACCCAGAAGUCGAGAUUCAAUAUCGAUGAUUUGAGGUUGCCGACAAUAGACAGUCCGGUUGUUACUGGACCUCCACCCGAGCCGGAAAUUACGAGCACUAUUAAUAUCGUAGCGAUAAACGGUGUUCAUAGAGAACCGAUGUACGACAUGCCCAACUUGAGUCUCCCUCGGAUUUCAGACUUUCCAAUUCCACAGGCACAAACCCCCGUUCCGGAGAAAAAAGAAAAAGGGCAGAGGAAAAGAAAAAAAAAGAAUGUUACUGAACCAGCUGGUGAGGCAGAACAAACAGUUUCUAAGCCGACAAAGAAGAAGGCGAAAAAUAAGAUUGUUGUUCAGGAUAAAGAUCCCAGUGCAGCUAAAGUCGUUUUGCAAAAGCUACCAGCACAGGAGAGGAAAAUUUCGGAGGAAUCUGUGCGAUCUGGCAGGAACUCGGGAGCAGCACAGCCAGAUCCAUCAAGUGAUUCUGAAAGUAGCAAUGCUAGCAGCAGGUAUGCCUCUACUAGACCUAGGCGUCAUAAAGCUCCAAUGAACUUACAAGAGCCUAGUUUAACGAAAAAACUGAGGAGGCAAGAAUAAGAAGUUCCAGUAAGUUGUGUUGUGUGAAUUCGUCACAUGUUUAAAAGAUGUGAGCAACUUUGGACCGAAGCAAAUUGUCUUCAGUCUUUCAGUAACUACGAAUAUAUUUACCUAUUUAUUGCUGAACUAUGCAAUUGAUUUUUCCACUUUGAAAGGAGUUGCUUCAACAAAUUCAAGCCGCAGAUGACUUCUGCACGUUUGACUAGCAUGCUAAUGUUUGCUCUCCUUUCUGAUGUAACUUCCUUUUACCAUUUGUAAUCUUUUGCGUGUGGAUAAUUCAUGAAUUGGUUUAAAUUAUUUUCGUUAGACUCCAGCUAAAUUACUUUGUUUCGAAUGCAGUUUUUUUAGUGGUAUUGUAUUCUUCACUUCGAUUUGAAAUAUUCAUAGCAAAGUUUAAUACCGCGAAUAGACUUCGAAAAAAAUAGUGAAACAGUUGUGUAGUUUAAAAAAUGGGAAUAUUUUGAUUUUUGAAUCUAUUAACUUUCCUUGUUACACAACUGUUUGACGAGUUUACCAUUUAUUAUUGACUUUGACACCUGCAGAAUUUCAAUUCUUUUAUAUUUCAUUUCAAGAUCGCAUAGAUAAAUAAAUGGUACAAACAAUA